UGUCCCUCGGCGGACACCGUUUGCCAGCCAAAGCUAUGUCUCCGCGCUCGCCGCCUUCGUAGGGUGCCGAAUUCUUACCUUUUUUACCCAGGCUGGCCAUGGCGAGCCGAGGGGCUCGGCAGCGCCUGAAGGGCAGCGGAGGCAGCGGCGGGGACACGGCCUCUGCGGUAGAAGCGGACAAGCUGCGGGAGCUGCUGUGCAGCCGGGAGGCGGGCGGCGCGGAGCCCCGCACCGAGCUCUCUGGGAACAAAGCAGGACAAGUCUGGGCACCUGAAGGAUCUACUGCUUUCAAGUGUCUGCUGUCAGCAAGGUUAUGUGCUGCUCUCCUGAGCAACAUCUCUGACUGUGAUGAAACAUUCAACUACUGGGAACCAACACACUACCUCAUCUAUGGGAAAGGGUUUCAGACUUGGGAAUAUUCCCCAGUUUAUGCCAUUCGCUCCUAUGCUUACCUGUUACUUCAUGCCUGGCCAGCUGCAUUUCAUGCAAGAAUUCUACAAACUAAUAAGAUUCUUGUCUUUUACUUUUUACGAUGUCUUCUGGCUUUUGUGAGCUGCAUUUGUGAACUUUACUUUUACAAGGCUGUGUGCAAGAAGUUUGGGCUGCAUGUGAGUCGAAUGAUGCUAGCCUUCUUGGUUCUCAGCACUGGCAUGUUUUGCUCAUCAUCAGCAUUCCUUCCUAGUAGCUUCUGUAUGUAUACUACGUUGAUAGCCAUGACUGGCUGGUAUAUGGACAAGACUUCCAUUGCUGUGCUUGGAGUAGCAGCUGGGGCUAUCUUAGGCUGGCCAUUCAGUGUGGCUCUUGGUUUACCUAUUGCCUUUGAUUUGCUGGUCAUGAAACAUAGAUGGAAGAGUUUCUUUCAUUGGUCGCUGGUGGCUCUAAUACUCUUUCUGGUGCCUGUGGUGGUCAUUGACAGCUACUAUUAUGGGAAGUUGGUGAUUGCACCACUCAACAUUGUUCUGUAUAAUGUCUUCACAUCACAUGGACCUGAUCUUUAUGGCACAGAACCGUGGUAUUUCUAUUUAAUUAAUGGAUUUCUGAAUUUUAAUGUAGUCUUUGCUUUGGCUCUUCUGGUCUUACCACUGACUUCUCUUAUGGAAUACCUACUGCAGAGAUUUCAUGUUCAGAAUUUAGGCCACCCGUAUUGGCUUACUUUGGCGCCAAUGUAUAUUUGGUUUAUAAUUUUCUUCAUCCAGCCUCACAAAGAGGAGAGAUUUCUUUUCCCUGUGUAUCCACUUAUAUGUCUCUGUGGCGCUGUGGCCCUUUCUGCACUUCAGAAAUGUUACCACUUCGUGUUUCAGCGAUACCGCCUGGAGCAUUAUACUGUGACUUCGAACUGGUUGGCGUUAGGAACACUCUUCCUGUUUGGGCUCUUAUCCUUUUCUCGCUCUGUGGCCCUGUUCAGAGGAUAUCAUGGGCCCCUUGACUUGUAUCCAGAAUUUUACCGAAUUGCUACAGACCCAGCCAUCCACACUGUCCCAGAAGGCCGACCUGUCAAUGUCUGUGUAGGAAAAGAAUGGUAUCGAUUUCCUAGCAGCUUCCUUCUGCCCGAUAAUUGGCAGCUUCAGUUCAUUCCCUCAGAGUUCAGGGGCCAGUUACCAAAACCUUUUGUGGAGGGACCACUGGCCACCCGGAUUGUCCCUACUGACAUGAAUGACCAGAACCUAGAGGAGCCAUCCAGAUACAUUGACAUCACUAAAUGCCAUUAUUUAGUGGAUUUGGACACCAUGAGAGAAACACCCCGGGAGCCGAAAUAUUCAUCCAAUAAAGAAGAAUGGAUCAGCUUGGCCUACAAACCAUUCCUUGAUGCUUCUAGAUCUUCAAAGCUGCUACGGGCAUUUUAUGUCCCCUUCCUGUCAGAUCAGUAUACCGUGUAUGCAAACUAUACCAUCCUCAAACCCCGGAAAGCCAAGCAAAUCAGGAAGAAAAGUGGAGACCGGAGAAGAGCAGAACCAACUCACAGGAAGAACUGAAAAUCCCUGGACUGGAUGGCUGUGUUAAGCUGUUCUCUGCACUCUGGACUUGCAUCGAGCACUAGCAAGCCUCUUGGGGGCCAUAUGGGCUUCUCACCAAAGCUGUGUGGCAGCUCUGAGCAGACCUUGUUCAAAUCCUAGUACUGAAAAUGAGCACAGCCUAGUUGCCCACCUACAUGUCCUUUUCACCUCCGGCAAGACUAAGCUUCUCUGAAAGCACUUCACAGGACUAGGACCCUGUGCUGCAGCUAUCUCAGGAAAAAGGCAACUAUGUGAGGAAGUGUGACCUAAUUUCAUUAUAUAGGAUGCCUCUUAUUUUCAUUUUAUUGCCUUUACAACAAACUAAAUAUAUAUUCUAUUGAAUUCAAGACUUCCCUGUAUAGAUAUAUCAACAGACCAGACUAUAAUUGUAUAGGACAUAUUUGGAGAAAAUUAAUUCUACCAGUCGGUACAGUCGGAUAACAUCACAUUUUUAAGUACUAUAUUCUGAGGCCAUUUCUGUGGAAAUUGAGAAUUUCCCUUUUUAAAACAACCCCAGUGAAAAAGACCAAUGUAUAUUUACAGCACCUGUUUUUGAGUCUCUGUGUUACAAAGCACAUCCUGCAUGGGCAGUUCUCAUCAAAGAGGCAUUUAUAAGGACCUGAUUAAAAUUUAAUAAGUAUAUACUAUUUAUUACCUUUAUAUACAGUAUUUCAUCAUUUACAAAGUACAUGCGCAUUAUCCCAUUUGAUCCUCAGUCCCAUCAUGAGGUAGACAAGGCAAGUGGUUUUAUCCCCUUUUUACAGAUGAAGAAACUGAGACUACAGGGGGAGGUAAAGUGACUUGCCCAAGGUCACAUAGCCAGUAAGUAAUAACACUAGGACUAGAUCCUAGGUUGCCUAACUUCUCAUCUAUUGUUCUUCCAUAUCUCACUUGACUAUGAAAACAUUACUUGAAAGAAUGAUGAGGUUGGCCAAAGACCUGACUGAUAAUGUAACUUUCUAUUUUAAGGAAGAAUUUUAUCUGUAUUUCUUUGAGUUCUUUGGAGCCUCUAGUCUGUCUGUUGGUUGGACCAUCACAGCAGUGCCCUGUGGUACAGCCUGGCCUGUGGCAGGGAAGUAGUGUUCAUGUUUUGAAGUCAUACUUCUUUGUAGCUACACAGAAUUCAGUGUCAGUUCCACUUCUGUAGUCAAUCUGGGGUCACAUUAUAGGUGCCUUAUUUCCCUAAGGGUAAUUGUGUCUAGUAUCUGCAAAUAGAUUGAAUCUAUUUUUCAGAGUUUCCAUCUGUUUUCAAAGAGAAGGGCUUUUCAGUAGGAACUGAUCCCAAGAGAGGAGAAAAGUGAUAACGGAAGACAUGGCUAGUCACCAUAUAAAAAGUCUCCCUUUUAGGACCCCCUUUAAAGGAAUAUCGGAUGGGGUUGAAGUGCUGGAGAGGACUAGGUGUCGACAGCAUAGAAUGAUAACUGGAGAGUGAAGAUAAACUUGGGCCCCAUUUGCUGCUCUAAAGAUUUUGGGCAUUCUCAAUACUUGAUUAUAGUUUUCCAAAUAUUGGCACAUUUCUUCUGACUACAGGAUAGAGAAUUUUCAGUGAAAUAUCUUGCCAUCCCUACAUUAAUAGAGUACAGUCCUUCACAGUGGCUAAAUCCCUGUACUUUUUGCAGAGGUAAAUAGGAGAUUUCAGUAACGAAGGUCCAUGAUGAGUGGUUUUUCUUUAAUCAAAGUGAUGCAGUGCUGAUCUAUUUUGUCAUCUUGCAUGUAAAAAAAAAAAGUUUUCUGAACAAGAACUUAAUGGUAAUAUAGCACAAAAAAGGUCAUGAUUGAAUCAGGGAUUCCUUGGGAAUAUCAGUUUGUAUCCUUUUUAAAACCUGAUUUUGGUUUUCUCUAUUCUAUGUAUAUCUUUAGUGACAACACAAUAAAUUGCUGAACAUUGUGCCAAAUGCUAUAGGUAAGAGAUAGACAAAUGAAUGGUUUUGUUAUGAAGGUGUUUUUCGUGUGAUAUUAUAUAAAAGCAUUUAAAAAUCUCCAUCUCGGGGCCGGCCGAGUGGCUCAGUUGGUUAAGAGUUGGUUUAAGAGCAUG